AUGACGAUCGCUGUGCUGGGAAAAGACACUUGUGCCGGAGUCGACUUGCCUUCUGCAGUUGGAGCCAAGGAUGGCCAAAACUCGGAGAAAGGCGGCUGCGUCCAGUACCGCUACGUGCUCAUCAUCCUGGGGUUCUUCGGCCUCGCCAACGUGUACGGCAUGCGGGUGAACCUGAACGUGGCGCUGGUGGCCAUGGUGAACCACACCGCCGUCCAGGAGAACACCGUGCCAAGCGACUGCCCCCUGCCGAGCGCGGGCGGCAACGACACCAGUGCCGUUUUAAAAGACGGUCCGUUCGCCUGGGACCCCGUGGCGCAGGGGGUGGUGCUGGGGGCCUUCUUCUACGGCUACAUCGUGACCCCGAUCCCGGGGGGCCGCAUGGCCGAGCGCUUCGGAGCCAAGUGGCUCUUCGGCCUCGGCACCCUCUUUACGGGCCUCCUGUCUCUGGCCAUCCCGUCCGCAGCCUACGCUGGCCAGGGCUACCUCGUCGCCGUCAGAGUGCUCCAGGGCAUCGGAGAGGGUGUCACGUAUCCGGCCAUCGAGGCGCAGGUGGCGCACUGGAUCCCCGUGAACCAGCGCGCCACGGCCGUAUCCCUCAUCCACACCGGAGGCUUCUUCGGGGUGGCCGUCGGCAUGUACAUCUCGGGCCUGCUCUCGUCCACCGACUUCCUGGGCGGCUGGCCGUCCGUCUUCUACGUCUUCGGCAUCUGGACGUGCUUCUGGUUCCUCCUGUGGGCGCUGUUCACGUCCAACACGCCGGCAGACCACCACUGGGCGAGCGCUCGGGAGGUGUGCAUGAUCGAGGCCGACCUCGGAGACCAGAAGCCGACCUUGGCUAGGCGCACACCCUGGCUGAAGAUCUUCACUUCCCUUCCGGUGUUCGGCGUGGUGAUGGCACACUUCGGAACCCACUGGCUGCAGUACGUCCUGGUCAGCGAGCUGCCCACUUACCUCGGCACCGUGCUUCACUACGACAUCGACGACAACGGACUGUACUCUUCGCUGCCGUACCUGGGCGCCAUCGGGUCCGGUGCCCUCUCAGGAGUCUUGGCGGACUUUCUCCGGAGCCGCCGUCUCAUGUCGGCUACGCACGUGCGGAAACUCUUCAACGGCCUAGGUGAGACAUAA